AUGGAAAAAUUUGCCAUUGCUCUUAUUUUCUUUACUGUAUUUUGGGGUUUGAUCGGUGUUGUUUUACCAUUUCUUAUACCCAAAGGACCAAAUCGACGUCUCAUUCAAACAAUGUUAAUAUUAACAUCGGCCUGUUGUUGGCUCUUUUGGUUAUGUUUUUAUCUUCAUCAAUGGAAUCCAUUAUUUGGACCUCUACUUACAACUACCGAUGCUCGCAUAUUACGUGAACUUUGGAGUACAGAUUUUUAA